CUUUCUGUCGGGGAACUUUAAAAAAGGCGUGCACUUGUUUCGUGAGCGUGUGUGCUGGCUGCUUGGACUAUUAUUAUAUACGACGGUUUCUCAUAUCAAGGUGGUUUGUCUGUUCCUGUCCGUCGCCGAGGUCUUGACUCUUCUUUCACCCCCUCGAACAUCGAUUUCACAAAUCCACUCCCUUUAUCCUAUCGCUCGCUCCAGCGCUAUUAGCUGCUCCCGCUAUACACAAACACGGUCACACCAAUCACUCGCCCUGACUUGCCGGCCCACUAGUUCAGGGUUACGGUCGAAGUGUGGUGCAGACUAACUACCGGCGCAUCCUGCAGCCAAAGCACUAACCCGCCAUGCCAUAUUCAACAGGUCAUAAUAAUACUUAUGCACCAUCUCGCAUUCCUGUCUCGUCCUCAAUUCCCUUGCCGCCGGCUUCGAACGGAUUCAGAAGUACUUCACAUGAUAACAAUGGACCAUUGACCCUCAACGACUACUACACCAACGACGGUAGACCCAAAGUUCUGCCCACCCCUUUCUACCAUAAUCCGGACUUGUCGCUGUCCUCCAUGGAUCUCCGAACCUCAGCAACUGGUCUGUCCACGCUGCCGAAGAAGAAAAAGAGUCGGUCCACCAUCAAUUCUGUCCGUGGCGGCGAUGACACUCACGGAACUCCCACCAUCAUGCCAGCCAACGCAAAAACAAAUCGCCCAAGGACUUCCAGCAGAUCGCAAACCCAACCUUCAGACAAUCCUCCCAAAUUCAAGUCCAGAUGGCGAGGUCAACCUCUGGCUUUACAGGCCGGACCAACUUCUCACGACAACCGAGCGGCUGUUCGCGCUGGUGGUUCUCGCUCGCCCGCAAUCAGAAGUGCUCGUUCCAUGACCAGCAUAGGUAACAAGACCCCAACUGCGAUGUCCAGCCUGGCGCUUCCAGCUUCGAAAAGUCCUAUUCGCGAAUCGUAUGCAACCUGGCGGUCUUCUGCUACACGCUCCCAGCAAAGUACACCUGCAGAACCGUCUCCAAUCACUCCCGCUCAGAUGUACUCGUUCCUAUACGAGCGAAUAGUGACUCCUACCGUGCCUUCAACACCAAUGUCGCUGCACUCGCGAUGUUGGGAUGGCGAGCCAUCUGAUCAUCUGGCUUCACCUGACGAGGAGAAGCUGGGCCCCCAACCGUACUUUGAUAGCCUCCUCUUGCCAGAUUCGAAUAUGGCAGAUAUUGCGCAUCCCAUCGCCGAAGAGCCUGAAUCCGAGACUGAUCUUUCCUUGGGAUCGAUGUAUUCGGGCGGGCUGGAAACAGCGCCCCCAAGUCCGACAGAGAGUGUCCAGCCAGGGCAUGAGGUGGAGUCCGGAGCCAUGGACCAAUUCAUCGCUGACUUUUCGAAUGUGGAAAUACAAACAAGCAGGCACCGAAGCAACAGCUGUCCCGCCCCGACGGUCCAAAAUGUUCGCACGACCUUGAGUAGACGGAAGUCUUUGUUCAAAGGUGUGUCACUUGACUCGGGGAGGAUCAUGCGACAGCCGGAUGCGGAAAGCAUUCUUGCUCCCACCGUCUAUGCGUCGCCGGCCGACGAAGAUUCUGAAGAUGACGCGGCACCUCCCGCCAUCCGCAUGAGAGAUACGCCUCCACCCUAUACAACACAGUUCAAUGCCGACGCCCACGAUGCUACCGCAGCUUAUUCUUUGCUAUCCGUCCGUCGAAGCUCGCUAUCUAGCUCCCGACGAUGUGCGGAGAGCUUAACGCUAGCCUCGAAACGUUCGGAAGAAUCUUUGGCGCCUUCCGAAGAUCGGACAAUUGUUGCAGAAAGUCCCAUUAUGGAUUAUGGGCUGGGAUCUCUCACGAAGGCUGACUUUGGAGAUGACCAGUUCAGAGAGCGACCGAUCACGAUUAUCCACAUACCUACCGGGGAUCCAGCAUUUCUUGCCGGCGAGGCAAAUGAGCUACAGCUUCCGGACACGCCUGUAUCAGCAAUCUUUGAUGGUGGCAGUGACGUUCAUCUGGAGCCUCCUCCUCCUGUACCGGCAAGAAGCCCGCUUCGCGAGACCUUCUCAUUGACUCCGACUUCAGCUGAGUUUACCAAUGGAGCAAACUUACUGUCGGGACCAUGGCCAGAGCUAUCACCAGAAGAAGCAUCGUUUCGAGCAGAUUCUCCGCCACCGACACUGGUAACGGAGACGGCACCAGAGACCUUUGGGAGCGAGGAGGAAGGAGAGGAUGACUGCCAGACGCCGACAUUCGCUUUACCUUCGGCUCCAGAGAUCUUCGUCAGCGAAAUCCACACAGAGGUAGAAACACAGGCCGACUACGAAGUCCCAACACUAGUAGUAUCUUCUUCGCCUGGUGCCGUACUCGAGGAGACGAUGACUGUUUCACAAGUCUACAAGAUGCCAUCCUAUAUCAAGUCGCGCUCAAUAUCCGUCGAGUCGCAACAGCAGUCGAGCAACACCAGCCGGUCGACAUCGCCGACGUUGAACUUUUCGCGACCACGGCCCAUCUCACCCAUCUCGGAAGGGUGUGUCAUGUCAACGAUUGCAGUGGUCGCCGACAUCAAGCCAACAUCAGAAUGUGCACCCGAGGCUGAGGCAAAGACUUCAAUAAAGCCUACAUCAGAGCGUACACCACAAGCCGCAGUAAAGGCUUCCCUCAAGCCACAGCGCGCAUUUCAAGCUGCAGCAAAGACCUCGCGCAAGCAUGCGUCUCGGCCAGCGCUGCAGUCCUUGGCAUAUUCCGAAACUGAGGCUCAAGCUCAGCCGGUCACAUCGAAAUCAUUGCUUCCGCCACAUCAACGGCGAGGAUCGAUGGAGAGCAUGGCGUCGGUGACUCCGUCGGUGACUCCAUCGAUUCUUUCACUGCGAUGGAUGCAGAGUCCGAAAGAGCGUUUGGGCCUCGGGGGCUUACUGAAGAAGAACGAGGAAGUGCCAUGGGAGACGGAACUGGGGAAGAGGGAGAGAGGGUGGAAGAAGAGUCGAGCGAGCCAGCUCUUCACCCGGACACAGUUCUUCAACGGAGAGAGGAAAUAAUUCCUGACAGGGUUUCUUUUGUUUUUGUCCACGUAUUUGGAGCGCGCCAUGAAGAGAUUUGACGUGUUCUCAUUCAGUCCCAUUAGACACACAGCACAGCCAGCGAGUUCUUUUGUCAGAUUCACGCGUGAGAAGACAUGCUUAUACCCAGCGAGACAGAAGUCAUUGGACUUGAGAGAGAUAUUUCUAUACCAUGGCAACGAACGACAUAUUUUUUGUAUACAUAGGCUUCAAUUCUAGACUCUUUCAGCAGGAGGUUGCAUGGUCCUGACA